UUUAUCUAAGUACGCUUGAGCAAAUAUCUGGAAAAUGUACGAUUUUGUGGAGUAUCACCUUCAACCAGUCCAGACAAGAGGUGCUGCCUUGUUACCAAACCAAAUGCAUAACAGCCUGAGACACAACAGCGGCACCAAACACAUGAUCAUGAUAUCACAAAUCACUGUAUAUGUAACAUCAAUGGUAUGCUGUUCUAGGCGCAGCCUGAGUUCGCAUAUGCCGCGAAUUAAAAGUUAUGCCUAUUAAAAUCAUACAUGAUCUUCUUUAUGGGAGAAACUCCUGCUGCUAUCCGUCUGUGAGCCUGCAGUUGGCAGGGCAGAGUUGUCGGACAGAGGGGCUCCCUUCACCCGCCCAUUUCCUUCGGUGCAAUAUAUGAUAUAACAUACAUUCCAUACGUCAGCUAUUCGAACGAUUCGUGCAAAAACAAGCAUCAAAGCGAGUGUUUAACGGCAAAAACUGAAUUAGUGAGUUAAGUCGUAUGCUUUUGUGGUUCUGACAAACUCGGAUGCAUGUUACCGAGUUAGCUAGUUUGUUAGCAAGUGAAAUUGACACAUAAACGUAAAUCUUAGGUAGUUUUGUUAAAUCCCCCCCAAAUCCGCCGAUUGUUUGCAUACGGAUCACAAGAAAAAACAAAAGGUUUUUGCUCUUGUGAUCUCUUGGGAUCCCUGAAUUCAAGUUUGAAGUGAAAAAUAUGGCCCCACUAAAACAAGGCAAGAAGAAAAGAAAGACAGAGGAGGCUCCUGAAACAAAGGAACUACAUUCUGAUGCAGAACCAUCAGAUGGCAGCAGCAGAGAAGAAAAAAUGGCACGAAAAAGGAGUAUAAAGCCAAGGACAAAAUACAUAGGCGCUCAUGUCUCAAUAUCAGGAGGAAUAUGGAAAGCAGUCGACUCAAGUGUGGCCAUGGGAGGUCAUGCUUUUGCCCUUUUCAUGGGCUCUCAGCGAUCCUGGACGAGACCAGCCCUUGAUACAGCAGCCGCAGUUAAAUUUCAAGAAGCCUGUGCUCAACAUGGUUUUGAUCCGAUACACAUCCUGCCACAUGGAUCUUAUUUGAUGAACUGCGGUUCCCCCAAAGAAGACGUGUUCAAUAAGAGCCAGGCCAUGCUUGUGGAUGAACUGAGUCGCUGCAGUGCACUGGGCCUCAGCCAGUUUAACUUUCACCCUGGAGCUUCUAUAGACUCCACCCCUGAGAAAUGCAUGGAGAAAAUUGCCCAAGCUAUUAACCACGCACACCAGCAAACCCCUGCUGUCAUUACAGUACUUGAAAACAUGAGUGGUCAGGGCAGCACUAUAGGUGGACAGUUCAGUGAACUGAGAAGCAUAAUAGACCAGGUGCGUGACAAGACACGUGUUGGGGUGUGUCUGGACACUUGCCAUGCUUUUGCAGCAGGUUACGACAUUUCACCUCCUGAAGGAGUGAAGAAUAUACUUGAUGAAUUUGAUCGUGUGGUUGGGUUGCAUUAUUUGAGAGCUGUUCAUCUAAACGACUCCAAAGGAAAAUUAGGCUGCCAUCUGGACCGCCAUGAAGACAUUGGAUGUGGCCAAAUCGGCAUUACUGCUUUCCGAGAAAUUGUUAAUGAGCCUCGACUGGAUAAUAUCCCUCUGAUUCUAGAAACACCUGGUCGCCCAGGUUUUGAGUAUGCUGAACAGAUAGAGCUCCUUUACUCCUUUUGUGAAGAAAAGAAGUAUUAGACGUCUGCUCAGUGCCGUCUUCCAUGCUGGAGUUAAUAUUGCUGAAGCAUAAUAAAAAUGUCCUGUUCAAA